AUGAAUGAAUCAAAGGAAGAGGAUGUCCCCUUAUAUCUCAACAGCCAAGACACCUCAGAUCUGAGCCUAGUCUCCUUGGUGUUCAGCCUGGUUAACAAUUCCUGCAUCUCCUCGGCCAUUGGCCUCUUCGGCAUGGUAGCCAACGUCAUGAACAUGCUGGUGUUUUACAAACAAGGCCUCAGCAGCUCCAUUAACAUCAGCUUCUUCUUCAUGUCCGUCUCGGACAUGCUGACCAUCAUUUUCGUCGAAUGGGGCAACAUCUGCUACAACCCGUACAUCCUCAAGGCGGGAUUCCCAUUGUCGUUCCCGGAACUGUACUACAUCGCCGGGGGGUGGCCGUCUGGCCUGAGCUGUCGCAUCACGCUGUACAUCACCGUGUACAUCACGGCCGAGAGGUGCCUCUGCAUCCUGUUUCCGCUGACCAUCAAAACGUUGGUCACCCCAAGGAAAACGAAAUCGAUCAUCGCGCUCAUCAACUUUCUCAACGCUCUGACGCUCAUCCCCGAGUACACGUCAACAUACCUGGCCUGGCGGUUCAACCCGCUGAGAAACACGACAAUCCUUGGGUUGGCGUUUAGGGGCAACAGGGCGGAGACUCAAGGGGUCUCGUUCCUCCUGCACGUCAUCCUGGUCGUCUUCGGCCUGUGCAGCGUCAUCGUACUGACCUCAGUACUUGUCAUUCAGCUCAGGCGACAGACGAAAUGGCGGCUGAAAAACAGAGCGGAGAACAGCAAGUUGUCUUUAUUGUCGUCACGUGACCGGAAGUCUGUAGUGCUGGUCAUCGCGGUGGCUACCUUUGUGGUCAUCUCCUACAUCCCGCUGACCUCGGUCUCUCUGGUCACCGUUUUCGUUCCUGAGUUUUACAUAGAGGGCAAACUGUACAAGGUGUUUGGUGAGACUUGGGCGAUGGUCACUUUGAUCGGAAUGACCAACGCGAGCGCAAACAUCAUCAUCUACUACAAAAUGAAUUCAAAAUACAGACCAACAUUUCAUGAAAUUUUUUGUAAAAAAUAA